GUGAGUGGUUCCAGGCUUGCAAACCAAUCCUCCAGGAAGGAAUCGUUGCGAAAAAGUAAUGGGUUUGCUUCAAAGCCAACCGAAUCUCACUCGUUUCCUCGCCUCCUCAUGCUUGACAUUGCAUCUUUCUCUCUCUCUUUCUUCACUUCACACCUGUAAUAUAAGACUUCCAAGUUUGGAAACGCAACUCUGGCAAACCCAAAAUACGUUACUAGCUAUUAGAGGUGCCAUUAUUUACAUCAGCUUCCACUCUCUUCAUUGCUUCUUCCAUUCUCUCUUUACCAUGCAAAAGCAAGAGGAAUUACAUGCGGUGUGCAAGGAUUACAUGCAAAUCAUCAAGGGCAAGCGCACCAAGCGACAAAGGCUUCCAUCCCCACUUAGGUUAACCAUGUCAACAACAUGUUCCAGUUUAGGAAGAAGCAGCACCGACAACUCCGUAGGUUUUGAUAUUCCAACAACCUCAAAUGAAUCAAGGAACGAAGAGGAGGACAUGGCAAAUUGUUUGAUUCUCUUAGCUCAAGGUCACAACAAUACUCCAAAACCCUCACGCACCAACAAGGGAGGGUUAUACCUUUACGAGUGCAAGACUUGUAACCGAUGCUUCCCUUCAUUUCAAGCCCUUGGUGGCCACAGAGCCAGCCACAAGAAAUAUUCCAAGGCAAGUGCAGAAGAAAAGCAAGGAGUUGCAACUACUUUUGUGAAUUAUGAAGUCGAUAAUAAUAAUAAUAAUCAUAAUCAUGAUGAUUAUUGUGACCCCACAAGCACCCCCCUCACCUUACAAUUAUCAACGGCUUUGUAUAAUAAUAGCAGCAGCAUUAGGAGUACUAUUAAUGCUAAAGCUAAAGUUCAUGAGUGUUCCAUAUGUGGGGCAGAAUUUUCAUCUGGGCAAGCGUUGGGGGGACACAUGAGAAAGCAUAGAAAUUUUCUGAGUGCACCUAUUAUUGGGGCAAUUAAUAUUGCAAAUGGUGGUGAUGGAAGCCCUAAAGUUCCGGAAGCCAAGAAACACAAAGAUGUUUUGAACUUGGACUUGAAUCUUCCGGCACCUGAGGAUGAUCAUCUCAGAGAAUCCAACUUGUUUCCUUUUCAGGCCAAAGAAAAAGUUAUUGUCUUCUCAGCAACUUCUUUGGUGGAUUGCCAUUACUAAAGUUCAAGUCUGUCUUUUUUCCUAUAAAUUAGCCUCUCCGAGAACUUCUCAUCCAUCUGUUUUUAGUAUUGACCUUUAUUAUUGUUUUUAGCCUUGUAUGUACACAAUUAAUUGCUGAUUCUUUCCAUUCAUAUUAUGGUACACAAUCCAAUUCGAAUUUAUUCAAUUAGUGGGGA